AUGACUUCGUUCGAUACCCCGUUUGAUGAACUUCCAAAUCCGAAGCAGGUAUGGCUUGGAAAGCCUGGCAGUUACGAAGAAGGUCUGGGAAAACUAGCUAUCCUCACCCCGGAGGUUGUCGCAGCAGCAUCUGCCAGUGAGAUCAGAUGUGGCCGCCGAGUGACUAUGGGCUGGGAGAUGACGAAACUGGAUUAUCCCAAUCUCAACCGUCAGCCAUGUCACCAUAAUAUUAUACCUCUCCUGGGAGGCAUCGCAUUCGACGAUGUUUAUACUAUGGACCCACAGCAAAGUAGCCAAUGGGAUGGCCUGCGUCAUUUCUCUCAAACUGUCCCCGGGCAAACUGAGCGAGUCUUCUACGGAGGGACCAAGUCCGACGAGAUCAAUGAUCGCCAAAAUGAUCGGAUCGGUAUGCAACAUUGGGCGAAAGAGGGAAUUGCAGGACGUGGAGUCUUGAUUGACUACGCGACUUGGGCCGAGAAGAAGGGUAUCACUUAUUCCACAUUCUCAACCCAUCAAGUGCGAUUCGCCGAUAUCCUUGAGAUCGCGCGCGAGAACAACAUUACCUUCAAAAAAGGCGAUAUUCUGUUCGUUCGUGUGGGCGUGACCAAGGAGUGGGACACAUCCAUGACAGAUGCUCAAAAACAAGCCUAUUCGGAUAACGCCAGCCCGGAGCAUGCUGGAGUAGAGGCCACCACGGAAGUCCUCCGUUGGCUGUGGGACACUGGAUUUUCCGCAAUCGCCAGUGACGCAAUCAGUUGGGAGGUGAGCGAGAGACGGAUUGAUCUUGAAUCCGUUUACCCACCUCAAUCUCCUGAUAUCUUCCUCCACGAGUAUGUGCUUGCUGGAUGGGGAAUGCCGAUCGGGGAACUAUUCGAUCUGGAGGCAUUGGCGCGUACAUGCCAGGAGCUCCAACGGUGGAGCUUCUUCGUAGCAUCGGUGCCUUUGAACAUGCCCGGCGGAGUUUCCUCGCCUCCGAACGUAAUGGCCAUCUUUUAA